UGAGUCCUCUAACACACACAAGAAGAACAAUGUCACACUUAGAUAUGAGUUCCGUCCAAGUUCUUUCCAACACCAUAAUUCAUGCACCAAAUCACAAUACCAAUUGCUCAAAUGAUCAUACAAUCGAUCUAAACCCAUUGGAUCUACAAUUCAUCUCAUUUGGAUAUAACCAACAGGGUUUUCUUUAUCGCCAUCCAAUCAACUUAGACAUAUCAAAUCAAAUCCAACACCUUAAAGACUCCUUUUCCUCUACUCUUGAUGUUUUUUACAUCCUUGCGGGUCGUCUCAAAAUCACACAACAUGAAGAUAACACUUUCUCUUGUGCUAUCAACUGCAAUAACGAAGGUGCACUCUUUGUUCACGCUGCAGCAAAAGAUAUUAGUGUGGAUGAUAUUCUUAAACCCACUCAUCUUCCUCCUAUUCAUCACUCGCUUUUUUUAAUGAAUGGAGUCAAAAACUAUGAAGGGACAUCAAAUCCAUUACUUGCGGUCCAAGUUACGGAGCUAGAUGAUGGCAUAUUCCUUGGGAUCUCAACCAACCAUGUGACUGGUGAUGGUAAUUUGUUUUCCAAUUUUUACAAUUUGUGGGCAAAAAUCUCAAGAGGAUGUUGUCUUGAAGUAUCCAAAACUCCAAUAUUUGAACGUUGGUUUCCUAAAAGUGUUGAAUGUCCGAUUCGUUUUCCUCUCACAAUAGAGCCACAAAGUAAUCUUAAAGGAAAAAAACUCAAUCCACCUGAAAGAAUAUUUCAUUUCACAAAAGAGAAUAUUGCAAAACUAAAACUCAGAGCCAACUUAGAGGCUGGUACAAAGAAAAUAUCUUCUUUGCAAGCAGUUUUAACUCAUAUUUGGCGUUCUUUUACACGUUCCCAGAAACUUGACAACCAAACAGAUGUGAGUUUUUCAGUUGAUGUAAGUGUUAGACCAAGACUGAAUCCUCCUUUGCAAGAGAAUUAUUUUGGUAAUGCUAUAAUAGAAUUUUUGGCUACAUUGAAAGCGGGUGAAUUAUUGGAUGAUGGUGGGCUUGGUAAGGGUGCGUUGAAGAUUAAUGAGAUGAUUGCUUUGCACACUGAUGAGAAGAUAAGAAGUCAUUAUGAAAAAUGGUUAAUAAAACCGAGUUUUUAUGUUACACCUAAUGAUAUGUCCCAUAAUAAUUGUUUGGUGAUUGCUUAUUCACCUAGGUUUGAUGUAUAUGGUAAUGAUUUUGGUUGGGGGAAACCUGUGGGGGUUCGAAGUGGUGGUGCAGAUAAACGAGAAGGAAAAGUUAAUGUGUUUGCAGGUUUAGAAGAAGGUAGUAUGGAGAUUGAAGUGUGUCUUCCUUAUGAAACUUUAGAAGCAAUGGGAAAUGAUCUCGAGUUUAUGGAUGUUGUGUCCAACUAAUGUGGAUUUCAAGUUCUAAUAAUGAUUGAGAGUCAAUUUUGACCUAAAAUCAUCAAUCUUGGCCUUGAUCUUUUUUUUUAAAUAAGUGAUUUUCACAUAUAUUUCAGCUUUUCAUUUGUGUUUUUCAUUGAUUUUGUUGCUUUUUUCUCGUGUUUUUUAUGUGGAGUUGUCUUCUUUUUCGUCU